AUGUUUUCCAAGUUCGACUCCAAAAGGAGUAACGUCUUGAGCAUGAAAGGGUCUCGUGGGCUUGACACGCCCGUCUCGUCCAAGAGUCGCUCCACCUCAGUUCCUAGAAGUCCGCCAGAGACUUCCAGUCUUCAACUGUCAGGGACUAAAAAGCCUCCUAGUAAGAGAGGGAAGUCGAAGUUUGGCUGUAUCACUUGUAAGGUCAGAAAAAAGAAAUGCGAAGGGACGAAGCCGGUUUGUCGAGACUGCCGUCGGUUCAACAAGGAAUGUGUCUGGAUAGACUACGACACUAUGGAGGUUGAUGAAAUACGACGUCUUCGAAAGAAAGUGAGGGAACAAGAGAGCUUGAAUAAGGUUCGUAUUCGACGCUCCAAGGGCAAAAAGAGUGACGGCAUGGCCGACGACGAUGUGCCCAAAAUUGAAAGUCCACCAACGCUGCUUCAAAUUGACACAGAACCCGCUAAGUCUGAAGCCUAUGAUAUAAAGCCUACAGAUGAUGAGGCUCCUGGAAUAGCUACAUCCACUGCAUCUUUGGAUUAUGUUCAGGCUCUACGAGAAGCCUAUCCGGUUUCCACAUCGCCGCCUCUAAAUUUUAAAGAUGACCUCAGGGGUCUUAAUUUGGGUGACAUCCAUCAUAAUGCUGUCGUUCGAAAUCGAACCUUUUUGACACCAGAUAACAUAAGAUCGCCCUCUCCUCGUGCGUUCUCGCCUGCUUUGAUGGAACUCGAGGCCCUUGAUGAUUCUACAUCAGGAGGCACCCCAUCAGGUCUCCUCAACUUUCUCAAAGAGGUUUCUAUGUUCACAGGCAGCAGCAACAAUCCAUCGCCACAAGGGGACAAUAAUACACUUGAUGAGCCAAAUAAAAAUGGUGACAACAUGGUGAAAUUCUCGCCGUCCUUCAACAUUCCUGGCUUUUUAGAUCAGGUCAACCAAAUGCUGACAUCCUCCGCAUCACAACUUAAUCAACUUGCAUCAGCAUUUAAUGCCACCUUCAUUCCUCCACCACAAGCACCCCCUCCACUCCUUCCCGAGCUCGAUGCCUCUGGUCAUUACUUGUAUGAUUACUACGUCAAUACCCUUUCUCAGAAAGUUUCUAUCGCACCAAUAAGUCAGAAUGAGUCCAACUCCUAUCAAAAGGUAUUCCUACCUCUAGCCCAAAGAGACAAGGGCGUAUUGUGUGGAAUUCUCGCUUGGGCUGGUUUCCAUCUUGGUGGACAAUGGACAGCUGAGGCAUCCAUGUACGCAGAAACCGCCGUCAAACUCCUCACGCAAGACAUUGAUUUUAGCGGUACUCUACCAGCUUUCCAUGAAGACCGUCGUGCAAUUCUUAAUAAACUAGCUGUCAUCCUAAUCUUGUGCGGUGCUGAAAUCUGCCGAGGCGAUGUGAAAUACUGGUCCGUUUACCUCAAUUGGGGUUGGAAACUCCUCAAAGACAACGGUGGCAUCACAAAGUUUGACAACAACAAGGAAGAACACUGGCUCAUCACUAAUUUUGCAUACCAUGAUGUUCUCGCGAGCUCCGUCAAUGAACGAGGUACAUACUUCCCACUUGAGAUCUACCAAAAAAUUUUCAAAGAUCCUCAGGGUAUAUUAUACAGAUACAUCGCGGAGAUUAGCUCACUUUCGCUCGAUUGCAAAAACGAACUUGACUCAUAUUAUAAGCGCCAAUCACCUAAGGUCACUCCCAACAACUUUGAUGGAAUUUCCUCAACUUCUCCAGAAACGAAUAAGCCAUUUGAUGAAACGGGACUGGAAGUAAGCGAUCACGGCAAGGUUGGCUCAAUUCUAUAUUCUAUAACAGCCAGAGCCAAAAAGAUUGAGUAUAAGAUCGAUACCGCAAAGCCUGAUCCUGAUGACUUGGAGAAUCUUAAUGACUUCGAUUUAGAGAUGCAACUCAUGUGCUUUGAGGCUUAUCAGAUCAGCUGCAAGCUUUUCCUUCGGCAAUCCAUAUUGAAAAUGAACCCUUCUGCUAUAGAAUCUCAGAUUCUCAUGAAUGACCUCAUGAAGAGUAUCAAUCUUUUGGUGGAGACUCCAAUGCAAGCUACGUUGGUUUUCCCACUCUUUAUUGCAGGCAUCCAUUCUGUCGCUGAAUUUGAUCGAGAACAUAUGAGAGACAUCCUCAAUCAGAUGAUGGAGACUUACGGACCUUGGAAUGUUCAAAGAAUCAAAUACGUCAUGGAACAAGUAUGGGAACAGAACCCGAUGGUGAUAAGGUUGUUGAUUGGCUCGCUAUCCUCAAGCAGUUAG